UGUGGAUUAUUUAUCAACUUUAUCUUGAUUUUACUGCAAAAUUAGCAUUUUCUGCUAUCUUGAAUUUACUUCAAGGAUAAAAAUUAGGUUAAGAGCAUAAAAGAGGUGAAGCAACUUUAUCUCAAGCUAUCCCAAAGCAUACAAAGAUUGUGACAGAAAAUAGCUCUUUCUAUACCUCAUAAAUUCACCACUAACCUGUUUCUUAACCAACUUACUCUUUACCAUUUCCUUACUUGAUAUAAGAAAAACAAUUUGAUUGAGGUCUUUGUGGUUUAGAUAUCGUUAUCAAUGGAAAAAGAAAUGGGUAUUUCAUUGGUUUCCUCUCCUUCUUCCUCUGAUGGAUACAACAUGGUGUUGAUGAUAGCUUGUCUAGUCUUGUCAUGGAUGUUUAUUUAUAGAUGGACCCAGAGGAACAAGAAAGGACCAAAAUCAUGGCCAAUUGUAGGUGCAGCAAUUGAGCAGCUUACAAACUAUGAUAGAAUGCAUGAUUGGCUUGUUGAAUACUUAUCUGAGUUGAGAACUGUAGUAGUCCCCAUGCCAUUCACAACAUACACUUACAUUGCUGAUCCUACUAAUGUUGAACAUGUUCUUAAGACCAACUUUGCCAAUUAUCCAAAGGGUGAGACAUACCAUUCAUAUAUGGAAGUGCUGCUUGGAGAUGGGAUUUUUAAUGUAGAUGGUGAUUUAUGGAGGAAACAAAGAAAGACUGCUAGUUUUGAGUUUGCAUCUAAGAAUUUGAGGGACUUCAGCACCACAGUUUUCAGAGAAUAUACCUUAAAGCUUUCAUCUAUUCUCAGUCAUGCAUCUUUUCACAAUAAAGAAAUAGAUAUGCAGGAGCUAUUCAUGAGAUUGACUUUGGAUUCCAUAUGCAAAGUUGGCUUUGGAGUUGAAAUAGGAACAUUGGCUCCUGAUCUACCAGAUAACUGUUUUGCUCAAGCUUUUGACACUGCAAACAUCAUUGUCACACUUCGGUUCAUUGAUCCAUUGUGGAAAGUAAAGAAAUUCCUCAAUGUGGGAUCAGAAGCUCUACUCGAAAAAAGCAUCAAAAUAAUUGAUGAUUUCACCUACUCUGUCAUUCAUAGAAGGAAGGCAGAAGUAGAAGAAGCUCGAAAGACCAGAAAUAAUAACAAGGUAAAGCAUGAUAUAUUAUCAAGGUUUAUUGAGUUAGGUGAAGACCCAGAUAACAAUUUGACAGACAAAAGUUUGAGAGAUAUUGUCCUCAAUUUUGUGAUUGCUGGCCGAGACACAACAGCAACAACUCUGUCAUGGGCGAUAUACAUGAUAAUGACAAAUAACCAUGUAGCUGAGAAUCUAUUCAUGGAGCUGAAAACUCUCGAGGAAGAGAGGGCAAAGGAAGAGAACGUUACAUUGCUUCAGAUUGAUUUGGAUGAUCCUGAAUCAUUCACUCAACGAUUAGUGCAAUAUGCAGAACUCUUGAUUUAUGAUUCAUUGGGAAAACUAUACUAUUUGCACGCAGUGAUAACUGAGACUCUUCGACUAUACCCAGCAGUCCCUCAGGACCCUAAGGGGAUUCUCGAGGAUGAUGUCUUGCCUGAUGGCACGAAAGUCAAAGCAGGAGGGAUGGUAACUUAUGUUCCCUAUUCAAUGGGUAGGAUGGAGUAUAACUGGGGACCUGAUGCAGCUUCAUUCAAGCCUGAGAGAUGGCUCAAAGAUGGAUUCUUCCAGAAUGCAUCUCCAUUCAAGUUCACUGCAUUUCAAGCUGGACCAAGGAUAUGCCUCGGAAAAGACUCUGCAUAUCUUCAGAUGAAGAUGACGUUGGCUAUACUCUGUAGAUUUUUCAAAUUUGAUUUAGUGUCGAAUCAUCCAGUGCAAUACAGGAUGAUGACAAUUCUAUCAAUGGCGCACGGCUUGAAGCUUAGAGUGACUAGGUGCUCAUAAGAUAGUUCUAGAUGCAUUUAUUUCCAACUUGUGUUAUAUCAACUGCAAGCAUUUUCAGGCUGUAUGGAGACAAUUGAAACAGUAAGUAAAUAAACUGUUCCAAUAUGCAAAGAA